UACGGCAACGGCUAACAAUGCCAUCAUCGUGCAAAAGGUUCCUGCACCAGGUACACCAACUAGAAUAGGUGCUAGUGCUUCGAUAACGAGUGAAGAAACAUAGAGUGUUGCCAUAAUACGUUAUCUACUUAUACCUCAUAUUCUAAUCAAGAAUUUGGAAUUCAUCGUCCAAAAUGACUACCUCCUCGACGAUACUUCUUUGCAUCUUGUUUGCAUCGAUAACGGUGGUUCUAGUGGAGUCUCGAGCUAUACCGGCUGAACCUGUUUCACUUAUGAUGGACGCCUUUGGAAACCCAGUAUUAUUUGUAAGAGAGAAAAGGACACCAAUCCAACCCUAUCCCCAAAGAGCCAUGAUGUUCACCGGAUAUUAUAGGCCAGUACGUCGUUCCAAUAACGGUGGCCAAGCAAGUGGUGUCUUUGCCCAAGGAAAUGCGGUCAGUGGAGAAGCUUUCUUUGGUGGUUUGCAAUCGCCGAACUUUAAAAAUGGUCCUGAACCUAUCGAGGAACCGGAAGUGUCCAGUGCCGAGGCACAAGCCGCUCCAGAACCUGAGGAAGCUUUGCCUGAAAAUGAUCAAGAGAUACCGGUACAAAACGAGGAUCGAUAUGUACCAGAGGAUCAACAUCAUGAUCAAGAGGAACAUGGUCUUCAAGCUAACGAACAGGAAGUAAACGUUUCGAAACCAGAAAUUGAGACACCUGUAUCAGCAGAUGAAUCAAUAGCACCUUCUACCGAAGCAACGGUGAAUAAUCGACCAAAGGCUAGUCUUGGAAAAAAAAAGAAGGUCCCAGUUCAGGUGGAAGAUGAUGAAGAUGAAGACGACGUAGAUGACGAAGACGAGGAUCCUGUUGUACCUUUCGUACCUUUCAAGGGUAAUCGUCGUCGUCAAGGCUAUCCACACCUGAACAAUUUUUUCCCAAUGGUCUUUAGUUUCCCUGGUGCAUCUACUCGUGCUGGAUCCUCUGGUUCCCCACCUGGAGCGGUAACCGCUAUUGCUAAUAGUUACUCCACCGGUAAAGGUGGUGUUGCUAGUUCUGUAGCAACGGCAUAUGGCGGAUCACCAAAUGGUAAAAAACGACGUACAUCACCCGCGGAGGAAUAAGUCGUAAAUGUUUCAAAAAGGUGGAUCAACCCAGAACAAAAAAGAUCGUUAUCCUCGAGACUUAAUUUUAAUGUUUACGAAAGAAAAAUGGCAACACACUUUUGAAUGUAAUUUCAUAAUAUCUCAUUGCUAUUGGUUUUUUAAACUCGAAAGGAAAAUAUCGUACAUGAAAUCUAUAAUCUUUUUUACAUUCUUCUCAAGGAAAACUAACAAUGAGAUCUGCCCUAAAUGAUCAAAUUGUAGACCUUUCGCUUAGCUCAAAAAAAGAUGUUGUUCAUACUAUACAAUAAAAAAAUACAAUGUUACGUUUGAAACGUACCGACCAUUGCAGCAUCCACCGAACUUGGGUAGCAGAAGUUAAUGAAAUAAUUCGUUCUACUGACUACCCAGAAUCACGACAAGUUGCAUUUGGAAUUCGGCAAAACAAGUGAUAUUCACUCGCAUGUAACGUAAUAAUCGUCUGUAAUUGUUAAUCUAAGCAAACGAAUUUUAAUGCGUGUAUAUCUUAGAAAUAGAA